UGAAACAUGACUUGCUUUUUAUCCACACUAAUUUUAUAUAGUAGUCUUGGUGGAAUCCUCAAAACGCAUGGCAACAAAUAAUAUUCUUCUUUUAGCUGGCGCAAGAAGAUUAGAAGGCAAGGUGGCAGUAAUCACUGGAGCAGCUACGGCCAUAGGAGAGUGCAUUGCCCGAACAUUCUGUAAACAUGGAGCUAAAGUAGUAAUCGCUGACAUUCAAGACGAGUUAGGUCAAUCCGUCGCGAACGAUCUAGGCCAUGACGUAGCCAAAUUCAUCCACUGCGACGUAACGGUAGAAUCAGAUGUCGAAAAAGCAGUAAACACUGCCAUAUCCAUCUUUGGCAAGCUCGAUAUAAUGGUGAACAACGCAGCUGUAGCCGAUCCACGCAAAUCUAACAUCACCGACAACCAUUUAGCUGAUUUCGAGAGAGUUGUUAAGGUAGACUUAAUUGGACCUUUCCUAUGCACCAAACACGCUGCUCGAGUAAUGAUUCCGGCUCGACAGGGUAGCAUUAUUACGAUCGGUAGUGUUUCGUCGAGCACCGGGGGUGUUGCUAGUCAUGCAUAUACAAGUGCGAAGCAUGGAACUAUAGGUUUAGUAAAGAAUGCUGCUGCUGAGCUUGGACAAUAUGGGAUUCGGGUAAAUUGUGUAUCGCCUUAUUUUAUCGAAACGCCUUUAUCGGUGACCUUAAUUAAGCAGAUGGAGGAAGAAGGACGCAGCGGUGGUGUGUAUUCAAAUCUUAAAGGGGUGAAAUUGAAGCAAGAAGAUGUUGCUGAUGCGGUUGUUUACUUAGCAAGUGAUGAAUCUAAGUAUAUCAGUGGCCAUAAUCUAGCAGUAGAUGGUGGUUUUACUACUAUUAAUCCUGCUUUUGGCUUGUUUUCUAGAUACUAAAUCAGCUUAUAUGUAUGCACUAUUCGGAUUUUAUGUCAAGUCACUUAAUUAUCUAUUAUUUACAGUUUGAUUGCUAAA